AUGACCGAGGACGACGAUCAGAAAGGAUAUACAUGGGAGGCUGGCUAUGCAGAUGGCUUGAAUAUUCGCGAAGUAUUGGAGGAAGAUGAAGGUGGAUCUAUCGAGAAAUCCAUCGCAAAGCUCGUUUCGGAGGCACGAAAGAAGCAACGUACAAUCGAGAAGCCGUCGAAGAUUCGUCUAGGCAUAAUGCGCUAUGUCUACCUAGCUAUCGAUUGUUCGCGAUCAAUGACAAGCAAGGUCUUACCACCGUCUCGAUUUUUUGUUACUAUGAAGAGGAAUUGA